AUGCAGAUGUGUAUUUUAUUUUUUGUUGCAUUAUUCCUGUUGUAUAUUUUUACAAUUUUUGGAAAUGUUUUUCUUAUCGCUGCCGUUUUCACCAGUCCUAAGCUUCACCUGCCGAUGUACUUUUUCCUCUGCAAUCUCUCAUUCAUAGACUUGUGCUACUCAUCCAGCUCUCUUCCAAAGCUAUUAUCAGCUAUAUUUUCCGUUAGAAGGACAGUCUCCAUCAUCGGCUGUCUGGUGCAAAUGUACAGUGCGGUAUACCUAGGAAGCGCUGAGUCCUUUUUAUUGGCGGUGAUGGCGUAUGAUCGUUAUAUGGCAAUAGUCUUCCCCUUGUAUUAUAACACCAUUAUGAACUGGAUAGUCUGUAGAAACAUAAUAAUAAUAAAAUGGGCGGGGAAUUUUUUCCUAUCAGUCGUCCCUUUUAUUUCAAGGCCUCCGGUAUUUUGUACAGCAAAUAAACUGGACCAUUUUGCUUGUGAGAUGUUGGCGGUUCUAGAGCUAGCCUGCGGAAAUCUCGCCUUUUAUAAACUAACUAUACUUGUUGUGAGUUUUUUCACACUUGUACUACCACUUCUGUUCAUCGUGGUGUCUUACGUUCUUAUCAUUUCAUCGAUAUUAAAGAUCCGGUCUACUGGUGGAAGAUCCAAAGCCUUUUCCACCUGUGCUUCUCACCUGACUGUUGUCUCUGUUUUAUGGAACGAGUAUCAGCAUGUAUAUGGGGCAAGUGAAAAGUUUUUCUUCAAAUCUGAAAUAUAUUUCUCUCAUUUACGGUGUUAUUACUCCCGUGUUAAAUCCUUUGAUCUAUAG